GAGGGAUAACUCAGUUGGUUAGAGCUUCCAUCCCGGUUUCAGGUGAUUCUGGGAUCGAUUCUCAUCCCCCGCUCUUGUGGCUCAUUCGCAAAAUAAAUAAAUAAGGAUACGGAUGUUAGAGGUUUGGACCGAUAAACAGCCCUAAGGAGUAAGGGCCAUCUCAUAAACAUUGUGAACGCAAGAACAUGAUCUCGAGAACCGAAGAUCAAAAAAAACAGACACACGUCCAUCCCUCAACUGGCAACAAAUUCAAACUCCCAACAAGUGGAGUUCCACUACCAAACCCUCCUCCAAAUUAACCCAAAAUUCAAUGUCUUUUCACAUUUUAAACCCAACAUUUUCACAUUUUCUCCAAUAUCUGCUCAGAUUUUGUUGGAAUAAAAAAAUCAAAUUUUCCCAGAAAUAAAUUCCACCCAUUCUGCUCAUAUUCUGGCAAUUCUUAAUGUAAAUAGUUUCUGAGAAACCCAGAAAAAUCUUCAGAUAACUCCCGAGGAUUCGCAUAAAUGUCUGCUGAAGAAGAGAAUUACAAGAGGCAGAGAUUUUAUAUUGAACUUAAACCUGGUGAGACCACCAUUAUUUCUUGGAAGAAGUUACUCAGAAAAGCGACGGAGAAGGAUCAACGUGGACCCCACUUACCUUCUUCUUCAUCUUCAACUGCCCUUGAAACUUCCAGAAGAGUUAUGGACGGGUAUCAUGAUGGCGGACAGUACAAUGAUUCUUUCAUUAGGAAUAAAAACGCCAAACAUAUAAAUAGAGUCACGUCAUCAGGGCGAAGAGUAAAAAUAACAAAAAUUGGAUGUGAUAAGAAUGAUGAUCAUUCAUCAAUUAAACACGCAGAAGCGGAGAAGUUGAGUGCAAAGGCCACUUCCAAGACUAGCAGUCUGUUGGAUGAGACUUUAAGGUGCUCUAGCUUUAGCUCACAUGCUAUGGUAAAAGAUCAUCGACCUGAAGAACUGCAACUAUUUACAGUAGAUGCCCCUGUCUUGACCAGUUCAGAGAAGUCUGCCAGUGUUUGCAGUAAAUCCAAAUGUCCUCCUCUAAAUGCAAUUGAGGAUGCUUCUGUGUUUCCACUAAAAACAACGCAUAAUGUCCAGAAAAAGACUCCAAAUAUCUCUUCUGAGGAAAUAAAAGUGGGAGUUGGAAGUGAUUCGUCUGAUGUUGUGCAUCAGAACUUCGAGGGUAGAUGUGUUCCUGUUAAGAACAGCCCUACAUCUGGUAUAUUGAUGCGCGAUAAAGUAUCUUCCAAAAGUCGUCAUAACGACAAGAGUGGUGGAAGUUGGGGACAUGUUGAUGCUGUUUCACUGGGCUACAAGUCUUCAUUGAAAGAUUCACUUGCAAAGUUACGGCCGGAAAAAGUCAUGGAUCACCAUACUUUGACAGAAGCACUCAGCAGAGCAAAAAGUAUAAGAGCAUUAGCUGAUCAAAUUCUGAGUCGAAACAUGGUGGAUGAUGUUUUGAGAAAUCCUGACCGAAUUCCUUGUCAGAAGAGGAAAGUUACAGAAUCAAGCAACAACACUAAUCCCAUCCCGUCUUGUCCCCGGAAGAAAGCUCCUAAGAAACCAUCAGCAGAGCAUCCAAUCAUACAAACCAAGAGUUCUUGUCCACUUACAAAGAGUGUCAAACCGACUUCAAAGCAGAAGCAGCAGAUCCCAGAGAAAACAAACCUGAAAGUCAGAUUCCUAUUGAAGCAACAGGAGCAUCAAACUCUCAAAUCUAACGAGCAAUCUGCCAAAGACGCAUUGAAUCACUCAAGAGUUGCCGCUUCUCUGACGUUCAAUCAACCGAGUUGACAUAUAUGCCCAUAUCCUGUGAAUAAUCCUGUAUUCCUGUGUGUAGCUUAAUUUGUACGGAGUAGUAAUUACUUAGGCUAAUGAUAUCCCACAGGACAACACCAUGCUUAAUUUAGGUCGGUAAAUGUAAGAUUAGGGGGGGGGGGGGGGGGGGAUUUUGGCACGCUUUUUCCGGUUUCACUAACAGUUGUCCUUGCCGGGAAAUUUUGGUGAUUCGGCUAUCUUAUGGUUAUGACUCUUUUGAAGCUCCUUAAUUUGCAGGUAUGUACACAUUGUUUUGUUGAUGUAGUGAAAUUAGUGAUACGGAGCAGUUAAAUUAGUUAUACUUCGUAUUUGGUUUGUGAUUUGAA